AGGAAUUUCGAUUUCGCGAGAAUAUAAAUAGGGUAGGGGGCGAAAUGAACAGGUUAGGUCAUCAUCAUCAACAGUCUCAAAAAGAUCGUAAAGUUUGCGUGUUCUUUCCCCCGUUUUUCUAUGGCUUCUUCCACCAUUAAUCGAUGGCUGAGGCCCGAGGUGUACCCACUUUUUGCAGCCGUAGGCGUUGCUGUAGGGAUCUGUGGAAUGCAAUUGGUUCGUAAUAUCUGCACCAACCCUGAAGUCAGGGUGACAAAGGAAAACAGGGCAGCAGGAGUGCUGGAUAAUUUUUCAGAAGGGGAGAAAUAUUCAGAGCAUGCUCUAAGGAAGUUUGUUCGAAACAAGUCUCCAGAGAUUAUGCCAUCAAUCAACGGCUUCUUCAGUAAUCCAAACUAAUGCCCUAGUCAAGUUUAAUUUGGAUUAACACCAUUAUUCUUUGUCUUCUUUUCCAUUGAAUGAGAUAGACAUGAAAUGCAUUUUUCUGGCCUGCGAUGGGCCUAAAAGAUAUUUGAAAGAAACUUGAAUAAAUGUAAUCAGAACCACAAGUUCCUCUCUUUUGACAGGGCACAUCUUUUCAUAUAAUAUUGAACUGUUGUUUUCCGGAAGAAAAAUUCAUUUACUUUCAUGCA